AUGAUCAGAUUGCUGUGCUCUAAAACACUACAACUUUCAAAUCAGUGUAAAAACGACACCGCAUUAUGCAUUAUCACCCGACGUGGGUUUUUAGCCCAAUGCACCUCUCAUUCUUCACCAGAAUUCAACACUUACAAGUACGGUUCUUUACUUCAAAGCUGUAUCCAAAACGAUGACUACGCUACUGGAAAAUCACUCCACUGUGAGAUUCUAAAGAAGGGUAAUUGCUUAGACUUGUUUGCGACUAACAUUCUUUUAAAUUUGUAUGUAAAAUGCAACUCAUUACCUGAUGCAGCUAACCUGUUCGAUGAAAUGCCUGAUAAAAAUUCGGUGUCUUUUGUUACUUUGAUUCAAGGUUAUAGUCAGUGUUUUAGAUUUUAUGAUGCUAUUGGGUUGUUUUCUAGGUUACAUGGAGAAGGUCAUGAUCUUAACCCUUUUGUUUUUAGUACUGUUUUGAAGCUGCUUGUUCAUGCUGAGUGGGCUGAUUUGGGGUUCGGUGUCCAUGCUUGUGUUUGUAAGCUUGGUUUUGAGUCUAAUGCCUUUGUGGGUACAGCUUUAAUUGAUUGUUACUCUGUUUGUGGGUAUGCUGAAUGCGCAAGACAAGUUUUUGAUGCGAUUGAAUACAAGGAUAUGGUUUCUUGGACUGGGAUGGUAGCUUGUUAUGCAGAGAAUGAGUGUUUUGAAGAGUCUUUGAAUCUUUUUUCGCAGAUGAGAGUCGUUGGGUUUAAACCAAAUAAUUUUACUUUUGCUAGUGUGUUGAAGGCUUGUGUUGGGCGGGAGGUGUUUGAUGUGGGAAAGGCUGUUCAUGGAUGUGCUUUUAAAACAUCUUACGUGGAAGAGCUUUUUGUUGGUGUUGAAUUGAUUGAUUUGUAUAUGAAGGCUGGAGAUGUUGAUGAUGCUUUACGAGUGUUUGAAGAGAUGCCUAAAGAUGAUGUGAUUCCUUGGAGUUUUAUGAUUGCUCGGUAUGCUCAGAGUGAGCUGAGUGAAGAGGCUACUGAGUUGUUCUGUAGGAUGAGGCAAACUUUGGUGCUUCCUAAUCAGUUUACGCUUGCUAGUUUACUGCAAGCAUGUGCGAGCUUGGUGGAUGUGCAAUUAGGGAAGCAAAUACAUUGCCAUGUAGUUAAGGUUGGUUUAGAUACAAAUGUGUUUGUAUUGAAUGCUCUAAUGGAUAUGUAUGCUAAAUGUGGAAGGAUGGAGAACUCAAUGCAACUGUUUGAGGAAUCACCAAAUUGUACUGAUGUGAGUUGGAAUACAGUGAUUGUUGGCUAUGUGCAGGCAGGCGAUGGUAAGAAGGCAUUGAGUUUGUUUAAAGAUAUGCUUGAAUGCCAAGUUCAGGGAUCGGAAGUGACAUACUCUAGUGUACUCCGUGCAUGUGCUGGUAUUGCUGCUAUGGAACCAGGCAGUCAGAUUCAUUCGUUGUUAGUGAAAACUAUUUAUGACAAGAACACUGUGGUUGGCAAUGCUUUGAUAGAUAUGUAUGCCAAGUGUGGAAGCAUUAGAGAUGCACGUUUAGUGUUUGAUACACUAAGGGAACGUGAUCAAGUGUCAUGGAAUGCUAUGAUCGCAGGAUAUUCUGUGCAUGGGCUAUGUGACGAAGCUCUAAAGACUUUUGAAUUGAUGCAGGAAACAAAGUGUAAACCAGACAAAGUAACUUUUGUUGGUGUCCUGUCAGCAUGUAGCAAUGCAGGACUUUUAGAUAGAGGACAAGCUUAUUUUAGAUCUAUGGUAGAAGAUUAUGGCAUUGAACCAUGUGCGGAGCACUACACUUGUAUGGUCUGGCUUUUAGGUAGAUUGGGCCAUCUUGAUAUGGCUGUCAAGUUGGUUGAGGAAAUUCCAUUUGAGCCUAGUGUUAUGGUGUGGCGGGCCUUACUCAGCGCUUGUGUCAUCCAUAAUGAUGUUGAACUUGGAAGAGUCUCUGCCCAACGUGUUCUUGAGAUAGAACCAGAUGAUGAGGCAACACAUGUAUUAUUGUCGAACAUAUAUGCUAAUGCUAGGAGGUGGAGAAAUGUGGCUUACAUUAGGAAAAACAUGAAAAGGAAAGGAGUCAGGAAAGAACCAGGCCUAAGUUGGAUUGAAAACCAGGGUAGGGUUCAUUAUUUCUCUGUAGGGGACACUUCACAUCCUGACACAAAAUUGAUUAAGGGGAUGCUGGAGUGGUUGAACAUGAAAUCCAGGAAUGAAGGUUAUGUUCCUGAUUGUAGUUCUGUUUUGCUUGAUGUGGAGGAUGUUGACAAGGAACGGCGACUGUGGGUCCACAGUGAAAGACUAGCUUUAGCCUAUGGUCUAAUUAGAACACCAUCCAUAAUCCCUGUUCGAAUUAUAAAGAAUCUCCGUAUAUGUGCAGACUGUCAUUCUGCAAUAAAAUUAAUAUCAAAGAUUGUACAGCGAGAUAUCAUUAUCAGAGAUAUGAACCGUUUCCAUCACUUUCAGGAGGGAAUUUGCUCUUGUGGUGACUACUGGUGA